GCCCGGGCCCACAUUAUGCCACGCCCACGGGCCACGGGGCUCUCGAUCCCCUCUCUCUAUCUCCUUCCACUCCCUCCGCCUCCGUCAUCAUCCCCCAACCUCCACCCCGCCCCCGCGAAUCCAUCCUAUUUCCGCCGAUGCCGCCUUCCUCGAACCUUCGUCGCCCGCUGCACCUCCCCGCCGCGCCCCCUACAAAGCCAGCCAGCAGCUAAAAACCUCCUCAUUCUCAUCCACUUCCUCCCGCGCAACCGCUCUUCCCCAACUUCGCCGCCGCCAUGGGCUCCUCCUACGACCCCUACCCGUCCCCGGCCGCCGACGACCUCUUCCUCUACCUCUCCGACCUCGGCCCCGCCUCGCCCUCCGCGUACCUCGACCUCCCGCCCACCCCGCAGCCUCAGCCGUACCCGCAGUCCCAGCAGCAGCAGCAGGGGAGCAAAGGCCCCACGCAGGACAUGUUGCUCCCCUACAUCUCCAGCAUGCUCAUGGAGGACGACAUCGACGACACCUUCUUCUACGACUACCCGGACAACCCCGCGCUCCUCCAGGCGCAGCAGUCCUUCCUUGACAUCCUCUCCGACGACGCCUCGUCCCCGACCACCACCACUGGCACCACCAACAGCAGCGCCAGCGUCAACCACUCCUCCUCCGACGCGUCCGCCAGCGCGCCGCUCACCCCAGCCGCGGUCGACUCCUACUCCCCGGCCCCCGCCGUCCAGUUCGACGGCUUCGACCUCGACCCCGCGGCCUUCUUCAGCAACGGGGCCAACUCCGACCUCAUGAGCUCCGCCUUCCUCAAGGGCAUGGAGGAGGCCAACAAGUUCCUGCCCUCAGAGGACAAGCUCGUCAUCGACCUCGAUCCGCCAGACGACCCCAAGCGGUUUGUCCUCCCCACCCGCGCCGCAGAAAACCUCGCGCCCGGAUUCAACGCCGCCGCCGCCACCACCGCCCCUGCCGCCGUGGCUAUGGCGGUGAAGGAGGAGGAGGUGAUCCUCGCUGCGCCUGAUGCCGCGCUUGGCAGCGGCGGCGUCGUCCUGGGCCGCGGUCGGAGGAACCGCUUGGACGAUGACGAGGAGGACCUGGAGCUGCAGCGCCGGAGCAGCAAGCAGAGCGCGCUGCAGGGGGACGGCGACGAGCGGGACGUCUUCGAGAAGUACAUCAUGACCUGCCCCGAGACGUGCACGGAGCAGAUGCAGCAGCUGCGGAUCGCCAUGCAGGAGGAGGCCGCCAAGGAGGCGGCGGUCGCCGCCGGGAACGGCAAGGCCAAGGGCCGCCGCGGUGGGCGGGAGGUGGUGGACCUGCGCACGCUGCUCGUCCACUGCGCGCAGGCCGUCGCCUCGGACGACCGCCGCAGCGCCACCGAGCUGCUCAGGCAGAUCAAGCAGCACGCAAGCCCGCAGGGGGACGCCACCCAGCGCCUCGCUCACUGCUUCGCCGAGGGCCUCCAGGCCCGCCUCGCCGGCACCGGCAGCAUGGUUUACCAGUCGCUCAUGGCCAAGCGCACGUCCGCAGCCGACAUACUCCAGGCGUACCAGCUGUACAUGGCCGCCAUCUGCUUCAAGAGAGUCGUCUUCGUGUUCUCGAAUAACACCAUCUACAAUGCCGCUCUGGGCAAGAUGAAGAUACAUAUCGUCGAUUACGGGAUCCAUUACGGCUUCCAGUGGCCGUGCUUCCUUCGAUGGAUAGCGGAUAGGGAGGGCGGGCCACCGGAGGUGAGGAUUACUGGCAUUGACCUGCCCCAGCCUGGGUUCCGCCCUACUCAGCGCAUUGAGGAGACAGGGCGCCGGCUCAGCAAGUAUGCCCAGCAGUUUGGUGUGCCAUUCAAGUACCAGGCGAUUGCAGCAUCCAAGAUGGAGUCCAUCCGCGCGGAGGAUCUGAAUCUCGAUCCAGAGGAGGUGCUCAUCGUGAACUGCCUAUACCAGUUUAAGAACUUGAUGGAUGAGAGCGUUGUGAUUGAAAGCCCAAGGGACAUUGUGCUCAAUAACAUCAGAAAGAUGCGGCCUCAUACAUUCAUACAUGCAAUUGUGAAUGGCUCCUUCAGUGCGCCCUUCUUCGUGACGAGGUUCCGAGAGGCUCUGUUCUUUUACUCGGCCCUGUUUGACGCUCUGGACACGACCACUCCAAGAGACAGCAACCAGAGGAUGCUGAUUGAGGAGAACCUUUUCGGGCGGGCUGCCCUGAAUGUCAUCGCGUGCGAGGGCACAGAUCGGGUGGAGCGCCCUGAGACGUACAAGCAAUGGCAGGUGCGGAAUCAACGAGCAGGCUUGAAGCAGCAGCCGCUGAACCCUGAUGUCGUGCAGGUAGUGCGGAACAAGGUCAGGGAUUUAUACCACAAGGACUUUGUGAUCGAUAUUGAUCACCACUGGCUCUUGCAGGGAUGGAAAGGCCGCAUCCUCUAUGCCAUCUCGACAUGGGUGGCAAAUGAUGCCCCCUCUUACUUUUAGCUGUUUUUUUGUGACUCACUUGUCUACAACUUUAGGGGCCAGUUUGGUACGGCGCGUGCGGCGCCACGGCGUGCCUAAGCUGCGGCGCCCGAAUCGGCCGCCACACCUGCGGCGGGAAAACUAUGGUGCGCCGUGGCGGCUUAGUCCACGCACCAAACAGCCCCUAGGUUUAGGUAUGUCAUCUAGAUAUAUCUAGUGACAAGCGUGUUCUUGGCCUAGUUAAUAGCCAUGGUUACUUGGACUCUGCAGUAUGCCUAGUGCCCUAGUGAGAAUUCAACAUGUACCUGUUCUUUCCAAGGGUACAUUCAGCUUCUGUGGAACAUGAGUGACACACGGGGGAUCCAGAAGUCAGAAGGCAUACCGAAAUCUGUCCUUUGAUUUAAUGUGGAUUAUAUAGAUGCUCAUCACUCAGCCAUGCUGUUGCAUAGUGCUAAAUAUGAUCUAGGUCCUGGUCUGGAUAAUGUUCUCCACAGCAUCUGCUGUGCGUGUGACCUGUGAUCAGUUCAGUCAGUUGACCAGGUUGUAAUUGACACUUGUUCCUCUGUUUCCGGCGCUUACUGCGCUGUUUCAGACUUAACCAUGGCUAUUAUGAAGUGAUGAAGCGUGGGGGUUUUUUGUCUGUCUACUUUAUCGCACAUGGGGGAGCUCUUUCCAGGAUUUAUAUGCCAUGUGUUUGUUGAUGUACAUGAUUCAUGUUCAAUGAGUUGAAUCCUCUUUCCAGCCUGCA